AUGAAAGGUAAUAAAUAAAUAUUAUGUGGGAACAUUUAUAGUGUUUUCCUAUUUAAACUUUUAAUUUUCAUUUUACGUUUUAUUUACUCUGAACAGAAACGAGUAAAUAAUUUUUAUAAAUUCAUUAAUACACACGAUGUUGACGACAUUUAGCGCCAACAUGUAAGAAAAGUAAAGUACAUUUAUCGUGUGAAAUUAAUUAAUUAUGUAAAAAUUUCGAUGUUGCACAGAAACAAUCUCUUGUUUUUCAAAAAUUAUCGUCUUAUUUCGAUUAAUAUGAUUUUUUGAUUUUAUCGGUAGUAGAUUAAUUCUACCAUUAAAUUUUCAUUUGUCAAAAAAUCCUUUUAAGAGGUGUUUUCUCCUUUUCUUUCUAUAUAGACUAACAACAAGUCUGUUGUAUGCAUGAGCAAGAAUUUACUUCUGUUCUUUGAUUUAAUUUUUUGACUUCAUUUUUCGUAAACUAAUUUCAAACUUAGAAUAGAAAUUGAAAAUAAACAUAAUUGAAAAGAUCUGUCUUGAGAUACAAUAUAGAUUAAACUUAUACAAGACAAUGUAUAGUUUUUUAUGUUUUUUAAUUUAAAUGCGAACAAUUAGUUCCGCCAUUUCACGGCUAUGUGGCGUCUUGUCUGCGUGAUAUCUUCCCGCCAAAUACAUAUUUCAUGGCGUGCAUGUGUUUUGUUCUGAAUCUUCGUUAAAACGAAAUUGAGUGAAUUUUGUAGAGUGUUUAUAUAGUGUUGAGAGAAGUUCUUUAAAGUUCAAUUAUAAAAAUGUCAGAAAUUGACCUUACUAUUUGGACGGAUUUACCAAAAGAAAUCGAUGAAGAUUUCGUUUCGUACAAAGGAGAUUAUGACUUUCCACAUUAUUUAUCCGAAGACAAAGAAUGGGUCCAUUUGCAAAAUCGUGAAGAUAGAAUACAAAUUUUUGAACCUUUUCUGAUAACGGAAUUGAGUAGAUUUGUACCUUAUAUUGAGAAUAAUCGUGUUCAAUUUCAUGCUCUCAACAUGCCUAAUAUCAUAAUAAGAAAAAUAGAAAUUGUAGGAUUUGUAUUGUCUGUUUCUGAAGAUGCUCAAUUUUAUCACUAUCAAGUUGAUGAUGGAACGGGAAAUAUUACUAUUUAUCAUAAAAAACAUUUUGAAAUUAAUGCACAACAACAAGGAAAAGAAAUUGAUAUUAAGGAUAAUGAGCUUGGCAAUGAUACAAAUAUCGAAUCAUCACAAGUUGGAGAACAGUCAAAAUGUUUACCGGAUCAAUCUUCAAACCUUAAGCAUAAAUGGUCGACAAAUAGUGGGACAGUGGGUAGAAAAAUAAAACGUUGCAAUUAUGUACAUGCAACAGGUUACUGUGCACUUGAUUUUAUGAUUAAAAGGAAAUCAAGAGAAAAAAUUACGUUUGAAGAUUUAUUAAAUGCAAAACUAAAUUUUCUUGCAAAUAAUGUCACUUGCAUAAGCGAACAUGAAUAUAAUAAGAAGUUAAUUUUAUGGUCGAAUAAAAUUGUUAGAAGACGAUAUGAUAAAAAUCUCAAUGAGUCAGAAAUGAAACAUUCUUAA